AUGAAAUCGAUAUCGACAUUGGGCAUAUGCUUGAGAGCAUCCCAAAAUUUGGCCAAGACUAGGCCAAUUUCUGUUUUGUCAACAAGAUCCUUUGCAAAUCUCGCCCAAGAUCCUUCAAUUUAUCACUCACUUAGCAUACGGUCAAUUAGACACAAUGGGUUGGAAGCCAGAUAUACAAAUAUUUUGAACCGUAACAUACUUUCAUACAACAACUAUUCUACUACUACAACCCCUCCACCACCACCACCUCCUCCUCCUCCUCCACAUGAUAAAAAUGCUAAAGGAAAAUUCCUUUUUAACAGAAUUGGUAGAGCAUUCACAUUUUCAUUAUCAUCUGUCAUUGUGCUUGGAGGUACAUGUAUAUCUGUCUUGGUGGUUUAUUUGAUUCUUUCCGAGUUGUUUCUUCCUUCUGGAGAUACGAGAACGUUCAACAAAGCCGUCAGGAUGUUAGAAAGUAAUGAGUUAGCACACGAAGCAUUGGAUUUCAAAAAGGGUCAAAGAGUCAAAGCGCAUGGUGAACAACGUGCCGAUAAAUGGGCCCGUAACAGGCCUGCUCAAUCGGUAAGAACUAGAGGUGCUGAUGGCAAAGACUACUUAUUCAUGAAAUUUCAGGUUGAAUCUCCUAGUGGAAAGUACGGUACUGUUACACUUGAACAAGUCGAUAGAACGUUCUGGAGUGCUGAGUUUUUGUAUAUUGCAUUAGAUAUGCCUGGUAAUAAGAGAAUCUACAUCAAAGAACCCAAAUUUCAAUCUAAGAAAUAUGUUCCUAAAGUCGGAAGUCUCAAUAGUAAUGAUGGCUUUUUAGGACUUAAAUGGGGUCCAAAGAAAGACGAUUAG